AUGCGAUUCUCACACGUCCUCCUGGGAGCUGCAGCUGCAGCCGGCGUGCUCGCUGGUCCCACUCCGAACGAUCAUGUCGUGCAUGAACGUCGUGCUGUCCUACCUCGCUCCUGGACAGAGGAGAAGAGACUGGAUAAGGGCUCUACGUUGCCUAUGAGGAUUGGUCUCACGCAGUCGAACCUAGAUCGUGGCCAUGACUUGUUGAUGGAAGUAUCCAAUCCCCGCUCGUCUCGCUAUGGACAAUAUUUCUCCGUCGAAGAGGUUCACGAUCUCUUUGCUCCGAGCCAGGAAACUGUCGAUCGUGUUCGAACAUGGCUUGAGUCUGAGGGCAUAUCCGCCCACCGCAUCUCCCAGUCGGUGAACAAGCAGUGGCUUCAGUUUGAUGCGAGUGCAGAGGAAGUUGAGCGGCUACUCCGUACCGAGUACUAUCUGUAUUCACAUGAAGGAACGGGCAAAUCGCACAUUGCUUGCCGGGAGUACCAUGUCCCCCAGUUAGUGCAACGCCAUAUCGACUACAUCACCCCUGGCAUCAAGCUACUGGAGGUGGAAGGAGUCAAGAGAUCUCGGAGCAUUGAUAAGCGGACAUUUGGCAUUGGCAAGGGCCAAGGCACGCUGCCGCCGAUUCUUGAGCCGCUGGCACUGCCGUUGUCCGAGCUACUGGGUAAUACAUUGGUAUUGUGUGACGUUGCAGUCACACCAGCUUGUAUCUCAGCGAUGUACAACAUUACCGAAGGCACCAAGGCCACCAAGGGCAAUGAAUUGGGCAUCUUUGAGGAUCUGGGGGAUGUCUACAGCCAAGAGGAUCUCGACCUGUUCUUUUCAUUUUUCGCACAGCAAAUUCCCCAGGGCACUCAUCCCAUCCUGAAAGCCGUUGACGGGGCUCAAGCUCCAACCAGCGUGCUCAACGCAGGCCCAGAAUCCGACCUGGACUUUCAAAUCUCGUACCCGAUCAUCUGGCCGCAGAACUCCAUCCUCUUCCAGACCGAUGAUCCAGUGUACCAAGCAAACUACAACUUCAGCGGCUUCCUCAACACAUUCCUCGAUGCGAUUGACGGAUCCUACUGCAGCGAGAUCUCCCCUCUAGACCCGUCGUACCCCGAUCCCGCCGACGGCGGCUACAAAAGUCAACUCCAGUGCGGCGUCUACCAACCCCCCAACGUCCUCUCCAUCUCCUACGGCGGCGCCGAGGCCGACCUACCCAUCGCCUACCAGCGCCGCCAGUGCAACGAGUGGAUGAAGCUCGGCCUGCAGGGCGUCUCCGUCGUCGUCGCAUCGGGCGACUCCGGCGUCGAGGGCCGCAGCGGCGAUCCAACCCCGAGCAACUGCCUCGGCACCGACGGCAAAGUCUUCGCCCCCGACUUCCCAGCCACCUGUCCCUACCUCACCGCCGUAGGCGGGACCUACCUCCCCCUCGGCGCCGACCCCCGCAAGGACGAAGAAGUCGCCGUCACCUCGUUCCCCUCCGGCGGCGGAUUCAGCAACAUCUACAAGCGCGCAGACUACCAGCAGCAAGCGGUCGAGACCUACUUCUCCCGAGCAGAUCCCGGGUACGCGUUCUACGAGAGCGUCGACAACAGCAGCUUCGCGCAGAACGGGGGCAUCUACAACCGGAUCGGACGGGCGUACCCGGACGUCGCGGCCGUCGGCGACAACGUCGUCAUCUUCAACAGGGGGCUGCCCACGCGGAUUGGCGGGACCUCGGCCGCUGCCCCCGUGUUCGCGGCGAUCCUGACCCGGAUCAACGAGGAGCGGCUCGCGGCUGGCAAGUCGCCGGUGGGCUUUGUGAACCCGGUGCUGUAUGCGCAUCCGGAGGUGUUCAAUGAUAUCACGCAGGGGAGUAACCCGGGCUGUGGGACGCAGGGGUUUUCUGCUGCGAAGGGAUGGGAUCCGGUGACGGGGUUGGGGACUCCGAAUUAUCCGGCGAUGUUGGACCUGUUCAUGCGCCAGCCGUAG